UCUAGUGAAUUUUAUAUUCUCGGGAAAAAAAACCCUAAACCGACGAUGAUGUGCCAAGUUCCCGACGAUCUAGUGGAAGAAAUCUUGCUUGAACUGCCACUGAAAUCAAUCCUCAGAUUCAAGACCUUAUCAAAAAAAUGGAGAUCAACACUGGAGUCGAGGACUUUCGCGGAGAGGCGUAUGAAUUCGAAGAAAGUUCCAAAGAAGCUGAAAAUCAUGGCGGCUGGAGACCGGAAACGGUUCGAAGGGGACGAAGAGAUCGAGAUGAUCUAUCUACACUGCGAUGUCGCCUCACGUCCGUCGCUGUCAUGUGACGGUCUGCUUUGCAUCCCCGUACCUGGCUGGAUCAACAUUUUGAACCCUUCCACCGGAGAAUUCCUUAGAUUCCCUUCCGGGCCAGAUCCACUCAUAAUCGACAGCGUGAAGCACAUCGAUGCAAAGGUUGAUGUAUUCCCUGGAUGUUGGACGAUGGGAUUCGGAAGGGAUAAAGUCAGUGGGAGCUAUAAAGUAGUGAGGUUUUUGUUCGAUAGUUUCCAUUACCAACACUGUUACUGCGAGAUUCUUGAUGUUACCAUUGGGGAAUGGCGGAAACUGAGUACGCCUCCUCCUUACUAUAUGGGAUAUAGUAACAAGUCCGCUUGUGUGGAUGGCUCCAUCUACUGGUUACAAAUUAUCGUUAGUUUCAAGAUACUAGCUUUCGAUCUUCACACGGAAGAGUUUCGUGAUGUCCCAAGACCGCCUCCAUCUGAAUUUAACGAAAAUUCAGGCCGAGGCCAACUAGUGAACCUUGAAGACCGUCUAGCCUUAACUUUAACCUAUGCUACGAGAUCUCAUUGGAAUGUUAAGAUAUGGUGCAUGGAUGCUCACGAACAAACAUGGAGUGUCACUUUAUAAUACGUUUACUCCCUAGAGAGAUGGGCUCAACUAAUAUGCCGUUGUGGUUUUGGACUAGGCCAGUCGCCGUUUCUAAGCGUGGGAAUCUUUUCUUCCAUGACAAUGAGAAGAGGCUGUUCAAAUAUUAUCCACAGACCGACGAGGUACGUAUCGUCCACGGAGGCAUUUGUGUUAUUUCUCCCUUUGUUGAGAAUUUGCUCCCACUUGGACGACGUUCGGAUUCUGUUCCCCAAACCAGGACAUAUGGAUUGCAAUAUCUAGAUCACGCGCCGAUUCUCUAAGACGACUCGAAACCCCAAAUGUUUUGCUUACCACCGCUGCUGUGGCUCUUGUGGCUCUUUUCUUAGACAUGGGAUUUCAUUAGUAUUUAAGAUCACUUGCCCGAGCGAGGUCUUAGAUACUAGCUAGUAUUUUUAUUAUGGUACUAUUUUUCACUCUGUCUAUAAAAUAUUUAAAUUGAUGCAAUUGGAUUGUUUCUAAUUAAUACAAUGCUUCUAAAUUUAAGUGAA